AUGAGGCUGAAUGCCAUUGCCAAGGCCAUGGCCAUGCAGACCCUCCUCUCGAUCUGCAUUUCUUUUGUAGCCCUCAGGAGUGUCACGGCCCAAUAUGUUGCCAACACGGAGGCUCUCAUCAUCAAGGAAAUCGAACAUCUUUACUUCGAUGCUGCCCCCGCUGGCAUGUUGUCUGCCAUUACACCUUGCUCGAAUUACUAUGACCCUUCUACUGGUGCUUCCAACAACAGCCUUGGCAGAAACACUGCAGCCGAGUGGAUCCGUAUUGCUUUUCAUGAUUUCGUGACAGCAAACAUCUACAGCGAAACAGGCGGCAUCGAUGCUUCCAUUGGCUUCGAGACCACACGUGCCGAGAAUGUUGGCCCAGCCUUCAACGAUGCCCUUACAUUUUUCAGCUAUUUCAUUAACGACAAAGUAUCGAUGUCCGACCUCAUAGCCUUAGGGACCGUAAUGGCGGUUGGAGCUUGUGGAGGCCCUCACAUCGAAAUGAAAGGUGGCCGUAUCGAUGCCACUGCUGCUGGACCGUCUGGUGUUCCUGAGCCCGAGACUGAUCUCCAGGACACAUUGGAUGAUUUCUCGAAUGCUGGUUUUAAUACUGAUGAUACCAUUACACUCACGGCCUGCGGGCAUUCUAUGGGCGGAGUGCAUCACAGCAGCUUUCCUCAGGCCGUGCCAGCCAGCGCAGUCUCGUCCACUAACACAGAUGGUCGAAUUGCAUUCGACGAAACUGUGUCCGGCUUCGACAUUGAUACCGUAAAUGAUUAUGUUCAUGGCACAGGCGAUAAGGGCGGCCCUUUGGUCACGACUGCCAAUAAGACAGUGAAUUCGGAUUUCCGCCUUUAUAACUCGGAUUCAAACGACACCAUGACCAGACUUUCAGCGUCUGCUAGUUACUUUGCAGGCCAAUGUUCAGCCAUUCUUCAGAGGAUGAUUGAGACCGUACCGCAGGAAGUCAGUCUGACGACAGCGGUGGAUCCAACGGCGACUACUAAUCUGAGGCCAUACGGUAUCGCGCUCAGCGUUAAUUGGAAAGGCACCAUGACCCUUACCGGAUACUUUAGGUACAUCCAAAUCUCUGGAGCCGCCGCUGCCCCGAGUACCUUACCUAUUACCCUCAUCAACCGUGCCGGGAAAACAACCACAACAUCCGUCACAGCCUCCGUCUCCUCCUCCGACACCGGAACCGGCAUCUGGGGCCCAACCCACUCCUACCCCUUCACCCUCUCUUUCCCAGCCAGCGUCGGUCUCUCCGGCCUCGCCGCCUCCGGCCAAAAUUUCACGUUCCAAGACACCAUGUUCGCCGUCACAGCUCUCUCAUCCGUCUCUCCCACGCUUCCAACCUUCGCCGCAAGUCCCUCCAUCAACACCGUCUCGACGUACUCCCUCAACACGACCGUCGCUUACCUCACAAGCUCCCCUCCGACGUCGCUAACGGCGACGUUUGCGAUACCGAUGGCGCAGACGGGAAGCGUGAGUCCCUAUAUCGACACUUCGACGACGGCUACGCUGGCGUUGAUCGGGCAGACGACGGGGGGGUUCGCGCUCUAUAGUGCCGUGACUAAGCAUAGCGUUAGUGCGAAGCAGGCGUUUGGGAGUAGUGUGGACGUCGCUGUUUCAGGGCAGGCGGCCGCGUUGCAGUUUUAUAAGCCGUUCGACGCGAAUCAGUGA